GGCAGCACCAAACCCGGACAGACCCCUUUCUCGCUCUAGAUUUUCCGGUUUCUCUCUCUAGAUUUCUGUGUUUGUUCUGUUCAUCAAUUCCACCUUCUCAGAUCGAAUAAUACGAUCCAUUCUUCCACGAUAUGUGAAGUCAAAAGAGCUAUCGUGAUUCAUAGCGUGUUCGAUUUUCGUAAAUUUGUUGUCCUCACUGAAUAUUGGUACACGCGUCUGCGAGGAGUAGAUUUUUUUGGUUUUUUUCAAUUUUAUUUCUAGUUGUAUUCGUGUUAGGUGAAGCAAUUCAACUGUAAAUCUGAUCAAAAAGAAGGAUACGAUUGAUGCGUUUUCUGGAUUUUCGUUACUGUGAGAUGUGUGUGUUUGAGAUUUUUGGAGAAAAGUAAAGAGUUGAAUAAAAAAAAAAGGCUUACUUUUGGGGGAGAGUUUUGCUUAUUAAGCAAUUUAUUUUACUUCUUUUAUUUGUGUAAUAUAUUGGUUUGAUGAUAUCUGUGGGUAGUAGGGAUGGGAGGAAGAGUUUAGGGUCAGGUUUUGAGAUGGAAGAUGCUGAGCUUGAAGAAGGGGAAGCUCUUAGCUGUCAUGAUGAGGGCGAAGAUUCUACAAUAGACCCUGAUAUUGCCUUCUCUUACAUUGAGGAAAAAAUCGAAAAUGUUUUGGGGCAUUUCCAGAAAGAUUUUGAAGGUGGUGUUUCAGCUGAGAAAUUGGGGGCAAAGUACGGUGGCUAUGGUUCAUUUUUACCUACUCAUUGUCGGUCGCCAUCUUGGUCACACACAAAGAGUCCAGCAGAGGCUCAUAACCAUGAUUCGCCAAGGUCCCCUAGAAGGCUACAAGUAGAGGAUCAAAGACGAAACUCAAUUGCACCAUCAAGUGCUUAUCUGUCAGUGAUACCUCGCGCUGCUUCGGGAAAGGAUUCACUGUUGGAACGUUCCAUUAAGCACAGCAGGUUACAACCUAAACAGGAUGAAGGAUCCAACACUAAAACUGGACGCAGCAAGGGGCCUGCAAAUUCUUCUGAACAGAGGACCCUCAAAGUUCGAAUCAAAGUUGGCUCAGAAAAUCUAUCGAUGCAAAAGAAUGUUGAACUCUAUAGUGGACUUGGUCUUGUAGUCUCUCCAUCAUCAUCAUUAGAUGACAGCCCAGCAACUAGUGAAAGACACGGUGCUAAAAAUUUGCAUAUGUCAGAGGAAUCUCCUACCAGUAUUCUUCAGAUUAUGACAUCGCAUCCACAGGAGCUACUUCUAUCUCCUCUAUCAGAAGAUCUGAUUCAUCUAACGGAAAAAAGGAAGAGCUCUGAUAAUAAACAUGUGGAAAAUGCAAGCAUAGAAAGCUCUGGGGUACUGGGAAAUGGAUAUCUCUUUAGUGAAGGCAGUCAGAAAAUCCUUGAGCAGAAAAAGCGGAAGCCUAAUGAAAAGGAUGGAGAUUUCUAUGCAGGUUUGCCCAUUCGGAAAAUUAAUGGAAGAAAGGAUUAUACAUUUCCUCACCUAAAGAAGGAAAAUGAAGCUGAUAUGGACACUUUGGGAUGCGAGGAAAUUGUCUCAAAAGCUUUGAAACUUCCACUUUUAUCUGGUACUCAGGGUGCUAUUACUGACUAUGCAAAAGAUGCGACCACUGCUACGAAUUUCCCUUUAAAUGCAGUGAAUGAUGAAGUGAAGGAAGAAACCUGGUCUACGUUCAUGGAGGAGGAACAUAUAGAUAGCAAAUUGGUGUGUUCAUCAGGCAAGGUUUCUGAAUCUAAAAAGGGGAAUUUUUCACAUCCCGCGGCUUUCCCUCAUACUACUGCACCCCUAGAAGAAAAAUGUCAUGAUAUUGAACAGUCUGGGUCGAAUAUCUCUAAGGGUAGAAAAGGUCCUAGGGCUUCUGAAACCUCUGAACAGUCAAAAGAGAAUCUCAAAGGAGGAUCUGUUAAUAUAGAUGGUGUAAAACGAUCUUCUGAGAAAUCAUCUAAUGGGGGCAAGAGGAAACAAAAAUUUGGGGUUAGUGCUCAAGCUGCAUUUAUGGGAAAAGAUGAGUCAAAGGGUGAAUCUUCAUUGACUUAUAAUGCUGAGAAAAACUGUCAUCUGAACUCUCUUGUCCCCAAAAAUGAGUCAAAUGAUCUCCAAAAGGUCCAUGAAAAAUCAGGGGAUCGAUAUAAAGACUUUUUUGGAGAUAUUGAAUUUGAAAAUGAUGAUAAUGAAUCAAUUUCAGGGGAGAUGACUUCUUUUGGAGGUUUAAAAAAUCAGGGCUUAGUUGCAAAGAAGGGCUCAAGCAAACAUAACAUUCUGAAAGAAAAAUGUACUGAUGAAAAUUUGGAAAAACCACCACGUCGACCUCUAGAUCCAGAUACCCAUCCUAGGCACAAUGGCCACCUGGAUCCUCUCCAUGAAAAUGGCACUAGUUCUGAACAUCCAACUGGUACAGUUCCUCUGGUCAAAGAAGAUUGGGUUUCAUGUGACAAGUGUCAUAAGUGGAGACUUCUUCCAGUUGGUACAAAUCCUAACAGUCUUCCGCAUAAAUGGAUUUGUAGGAUGCUUAAUUGGCUGCCUGGAAUGAAUCGCUGCAGUAUCCCAGAGGAGGAGACAACUAAUGCUCUGAUGGCCCUGUAUAAUCCUGCUGCUCCAUUUCCUGCCCGCGCUUCUGAGAAUCAAGAUAUUUGGGUUAAUAACCCUGUUGGGACUUCAGUGGGCAUGACCUCAGUUGAUGCUAGUUAUCCUGAUUAUGGUCACCAGACCAUGACGUUGAGUGGGAAGAAAAGAAAUGAGACAAUGAAAGCAUCAGAUAAAACUGAUCUAGAUGGUUCCACCAAGCCAUCUAACUUACGAAAGAAGAACCUCGGUGCAUCUGGCAGAACAAGAAAUUUGAGCAGCAAAAGUCGCUCGCCUUCUCUAGACUCACGUGGGUAUCAACAUAUGCCACAAUCAGCUAGUACAUUUGAGAAGUAUAAUGAUGUUAAAAAGGAAAAAACAUCACAUGUUAACAAUGCUGGUCAAGAUCGAAACAGAAAGAUGAAAAACAAACAAGAGCCUGAUCUGGAGGUUUCUAGGGCUUCCAAAAGAAUCAAGAGUGAGGACUUCCACUUUGAUGACGAUAAUUGGACUUCUGACAACGGUGGCACAUCAUCAAAAGCUGGCCGUGGCUCUUCCAGUUUGUCAAACAAUAUAUCAGAUAAUGAUAGAUAUAAAUAUAACCACCGUGAAGAUUUGGGCAUUGAAACAAAGAAUGUGGUCUCGGAUAUGAAUGCAGGAAAACAUGUUCAAAACUUUUCAAGAGAUAAUUUACUUCACGCAGGAAAAUGUGAGGAGUCUGUUAGGAAGAGAAAAAUGAAGGAACCUAAUACCUCACAAUUUCGUCCUGAAUCCAUUUCCAAUUUAGGACGGGGGUGGCAUGAGUGUAGUGAUUUUGUGGAAGAAAUGCAUGAGAAUGACCAUAGGAAAGAAAAGAAACCUAGAGUGUCCAAGUCUGGUGGAAAAGAAACCAGUGGAAGUAAAACCAAUAUAGGAUCUGACAGAAAGAGUAAGGGCAUAAAAGACCAGUAUAAUGGGCUGUAUCUGGGCAACAAUCAGGCUGCAGCUGACUAUUUGAAAAAUGAUGUGGGUUCUGUACAACCUUCGCUUGCCGCCAAUUCUAGCUCCUCCAAGGUAUCUGGUUCACAUAAACACAAAACUGGUGGCCUGGAAGUGAAGGGUUCCCCUGUUGAAUCAGUAUCUUCAUCUCCUUUGAGAUUUUGCAAUCCUGAUAAGGUCACAUCAUCAAUGAAGCACCUUGAUGGAAAAGAUGAUACUCAUGAUUUUGGCUCUCUAUCUGCUGCUAGUCCAAAAAAGCCUUCGGCUGGUGAAGGAGGACGAAAUGACAGGGAAGGACUGGUGAAAAAUCAGGUUACUGGAGCCUAUAGUGAUAAGUUGUGCCAAACUAAUCAGUAUGGCAGUGUAAAACAGUAUUCGGAACAACCUGAAGCUGAAGAAAAAGUGAAUACUCAUCCAUCUGACAGUAGUGGAUUUCAAUCCAAGAAAUCAGGAAAAUGGGCUUCUAAGGAUAAGGUUCAUACUUCUGGGUCUGUCUUGGAUAAAGUCAAUGUGAAGGCUUUGGACGACAAGUUAAAGAGUAGAAGAAGCAAGUCUGAUGAGAAAUCUGGCAAUCCUAGUAAGGGUGAGAAGUUUAUUCCAAAGAAAGACACCGCUGGAGGAACAUUGGGUGAGAGCAGUAAAGGACAAAGUCAAAAUAAAUUUGGUCAUGAUGGAUCUGAUUCUAUUAAGGGCAAAAAUAAGGAGCAUGGAAAUGAUAAAUUAUCAAGAAAAAACAGCCAUGCAGAAGUUAGUCGGAGUGAAAAGUCACACUCGCUUCCGCCCUCAGCGAAGGCCCAGACUGAGACAGUGCCUGGAUUGCAGAAAGAAAAUGGUCUGAAAACUAUGGCAGUUGAAGCAUGUGAUAAUGGUGAUGCACAAAAGGAACUAAACCAAAGAAAGAGAGCUGAGAACCCAAAUGGUAAACCUAUAAGACAUCCAACUCCAAAUUCCCACAAGGCAAGGGAUGUUGAUGCCCCGAGUCCUCUUCGAAGGGAUUCCUCUAGUCAUGCAGCUAAUCACGCUUUAAAAGAGGCCAAGGACCUCAAACACCUGGCUGAUCGUCUUAAGAAUUCUGGGUCCAGUGAAAGUAUAGGUUAUUAUUUCCAAGCUGCCCUUAAAUUUCUCCAUGGAGCCUCUUUGUUGGAGUCUGGGAGCAGUGAAGCGAACUCAAAGCAAAUAUACAGUAGCACCGCAAAACUCUGCGAGUUUUGCGCCCAUGAAUAUGAAAAGCUAAAAGAUAUGGCUGCUGCUGCUUUGGCCUACAAGUGCAUGGAGGUGGCUUACAUGCGAGUGGUUUAUUCUUCACAUACUACUACAAACAAGGACCGGAAGGAUAUACAACAAGCUCUGCAAAUUGUUCCCUCUGGGGAAUCUCCUUCCUCGUCAGCAUCUGAUGUUGACAACUUGAACCACCAAACAACCGACAAGGCAGCGUUGGCUAAAGCUGCUAACUCUCCACAAGUUCCGGGAAGCCAUAUUAUCACUUCACGCUAUCGUUCUGGUUUCUUGCGUAUUCUAACUCUUGCACAGGAUGUUAACUUUGCCAUGGAAGCUUCAAGGAAAUCAAGAAUAGCUUACACAGCUGCCAUUUCCCGGAUGGAAGAAACCUCUCAGAGAGAGGCUAUAUCAUCUCUAAAGAAGGCACUUGAUUUCAACUUCCAAGAUGUCGAGAGUUUAUUGCGCCUUGUUCGAUUUGCAGUGGAAGCCAUCGUUCGCUGAACUGCUUGUUAUGUGCCUUAUCAUUUCUACCUCCUUCAGGCGGGAAAAUUUUUGAGAGAAGCUCGUUCUUAGUGAAUAACAUACAUAGUGUCAAAUCAUUCGUUCCACCAACCUUUCCCGUAAAUAUCUAUACAGUAGCUGGUCGAUUCCCAAUACCUGUUCCUGUAUAGCUGCUUUUGGACCAGAGGCUCCGUCAUGUUAUAUACUAUAAAGUUACGAGACAAAGAAAAGGGUUUCUGUACAUUCUUGCUCAUAAUAUCAAAAGUGACCCUAACGACCGGCUAAGUUCCAGUAAAACUCCCUCUUCGGGGAAUAGGAAUUUGCCCUUAUGGUCUGGUCACACAAUAUUCGCUCUUCCCCACUACUAAAUUUACCUUUUCUAUUCAUCUUGACAAUAGAAUAAGGUCCGAAACUUGUUUAUCCAAAGUACGUACAUAAAUUAUGAUCUUUUGUGAUUACGUUGAUGAAAGCAUGGAAAUGGUCGGUGGCGGCUCGUAUGUACAUUUUUCUGGGGUAGACUUUCUCCCGAUUACAAACUGAUGAGUUUGUGCGUAUAUUGCGUGUAUGUUCCAUUGGCCUUUAUGGUAUGGGUACCCGACAACCCUCGGAUGUUGCUAGGAAAAAAGAUAGAAAUAUUUGGAGGUUGUGAAGAGUGUUGCUUUGUUUAUUUUGUUGCGACUUAUAAGUCUCAUAUUUUGUGUUUAUGUAUAGAAUAGAAUAGAAUAGUUGUGAUUUAACGUUAUGGUAUGUCUGUAUUUGUUACACUUACUGUUCCUUGUAAGAAAGAACAGAUUGUCGAUCUAAGUUAUAUAUAAAUAAAUAAUUACCCUA